AUAUUUCUGAGGCUUGGAAAGGUUGGGUGAGCUUUGGGGCAAGUCUGACUCUGUUCGGAUUGAUCCUAAUUAGAGUACUGUUAAGAACUUUGUGAGGUAAAAAUGUGAGAAUUAUGAAAUAAUCCUUACAUUGGAAAAUUUGUAUUCAGUAUAGCAAAGUACAUGCUGGUCCUAUUGGCUUAAUAUUAACAACUCUAAUAGCAAAUUUCAGCUGAUAAAAUGUUCAGAACUGGAAGGCGACAACUUUGGAAACAAAGCAUUGCAAGAGUUUUAAAGCAAAAACUGAAAGAGGAGAAAGAAGCUAAGCGGGCUCAUCUGGAUGGAAGACAUGACUACAUACUGUCAAUUGUUUCUGCUUGUGUGAACCUAGAGAAAAGUGAAGUGGAAGAUGCUGUCCUUGAAGGAAAUCAGAUUGAGCGUAUUGAUCAAUUCUUCACUGCUGGAGGUUUUCGUCAUGUCAUGUUUUAUUAUCAAGACAUGGAGUCACCAGAAAUAGGACAUGAAAGUUCAACAGGAACUAACACUGCUUCUGCUAAAGGCAAAAAGACUAAAUUAUUUGUGACAGAGGGAGAUGAUGUCGCUUUAACUGGUAUAUGUGUAUUCUUCAUUAGAACUAAUCCUUCUAAAGUAAUUAAUGCAGAGAAUAUACAUCGUGAAGUAGUUUUCAAUAUGAUGGACGCAACAAAUGGUGGUUUGCUAAACAGUGUUCAGCAUUUGCUAUCCGAUAUCUUCAUCCCAGCUUUGAAUACUAUGAACUAUGGCUGGGGAGAGAUGAGUAGUUCCCAGAAAGGGGGUAACAUCAAGCAGGACUUCAUUGCAUCCCUGGAGGGAUUUGUUAGUGUCCUCUCAGGAGCUCAACAGAGCCUGAUGGAGAAGGUGGUCCUGAAGAAGUGUGAAACCUAUGAUCUGAAAAUGCUAAAAGGACCAGCUGAUUUUCUGGCGGUAGCAAAUAGCAUGGAGACUGUGGAACGAAUAGAAGCUUGCAUGAAAGUGUGGAUUAAGCAAAUUGAACAGGUCAUUGCUGAAAAUAGCCAGCUACGGAAAGAGGCAGAUGACCUUGGUCCACGAGCUGAGCUGGAUCAUUGGAAGAAGAGGCUAUCCAAAUUUAACUACUUAUUGGAUCAGCUAAAGACUUCAGAUGUAAAGGCUGUUCUUGGUGUACUUACAGUUGCUAAAUCAAAACUUUUGAAGAGUUGGCGAGAACUGGAUACCCAGAUCACUGACGCAACAAAUGAAGCCAAAGACAAUGUGAAGUAUCUGUAUACCCUUGAAAAAUGCUGUGACCCUCUGUAUAACUGCAAUCCUGUGAUCAUGGUAGAUGCUAUUCCAGGACUCAUUCAUGCUAUCAAAAUGAUCCACAGCAUCUCACGCUAUUAUAACACUUCAGAGAAGAUAACUUCCCUCUUUGUAAAGGUUACAAAUCAAAUGAUAACAGCCUGCAAAGCAUAUAUUACUAAUAACAACACUGCCACCAUCUGGGAUCAACCGCAAGAUGUAGUUUUGGAAAAAAUACAAGCUGCUAUAAGACUUAAGCAGGAGUACCAAAACUGUUUUCACAAGACCAAACAGAAAUUGGAAGAGAAUCCAGCUGAACGGCAGUUUGAUUUUAGUGAAAUGUAUAUAUUUGGAAAAUUUGAAACUUUUCAUCGCCGCCUACUUAAAAUUAUGCACAUCUUUGAUACUAUCACAACUUACUCAGUCUUACAAGACUCGAAGAUGGAAGGAUUAGAAGUAAUGGCAACUAAGUAUCAGAAUAUUGUUGCCACUAUAAAGAAAAAACAGUACAAUUUCGUGGAUCAGAGGAAAACUGAUUUUGAUCAGGACUAUGAAGAGUUUUGCAAGCAAACAAAUGAACUACAUCGCCAAUUACAGAUGUUUAUGGACACUACCUUUGAAAAGAUUUUGAACACUGAAAGAGCCCUUGAUACGCUGAAGAAAUUUGAAAGACUUGGAAUCCCUAAUCUUGGCAUUGCUGAUAAAUAUCAGAUCAUCUUACAAAACUAUGAUCAUGACAUUGAGAUGGUCUCUAAGCUGUACUCAAAACACAAGAAUGACCCUCCUCUGGCUCGUAAUCUUCCUCCCAUGGCUGGUAAGAUCUUGUGGGCACGACAGCUGUUUCACCGAAUCCAGGAACCUAUGAAUCUAUUCCAAAAACAUUCCACAGUUCUGCAGACAGAAGAAGCAAAGCUUAUAAUCCGCAACUACAACAGAGUGGCUAAAGUCCUUCUUGAGUUUGAAAUAGUCUACCACAGAGGAUGGCUUCAACAGGUUCAGCUAAUUAAAGCGGGACUUCAAGCAUCAUUAUUGGUGAAAGCUCCAGAGACUGGAGAAAUAUUUGUGAAUUUUGAUCCUGAGAUUCUCACCUUAAUCAGGGAAACUAAGUGCAUGGCACGCAUGGGGCUAGAAAUCCCACCACUGGCCAUUGCUGUUCAAGACAAACAGGAUGCCUACAAACAAAAUUUCAACAAACUACAGGUGAUGCUGGCAGAAUAUAAGAGAAUAAAAUCAAUAAUCCAAGUCCCACUUCAUGCUCUAAUGGCUCCUCAUGUGGCUAAAGUGGAUGAGUCGAUCCAACCAGGAAUAACCACACUGACCUGGACAUCCCUUAAUAUUGAAACUUAUUUAGAGAAUAUUUUUAGUAAACUUGAUAACCUUGAGCUGCUACUUGAUCGAGUAAAUGACUUAGUAGAAUUUCGCAUUAGUGCUAUUCUUCAAGAAAUUAGUACCGUUCCACUCUGCACUCUUCCUGAAGAUGACCCAUUGACCUGUGAGCAGUUCCUUCACAUGACAAAGGAGCUCUGUACCAAAGGAGUAUACACACUGCAUCUCAAAAGUUCAUUAGCAGAAGAAGCAACAAAUGAGCUUAUCAACAUGUUGCUAGAUCUGGAUACUCAGCAUAAGGGGGACACUGAUGAGAGUUUUCUGAGUGGAAGCAGAACUGAAGGAAUUAACGAAGAAGAAGAAGGUCCACUGGACGUCUUAGCAUCCUCACAGACUGCUAGUCAGAUUUCAGUAGGAUUGUCUUCUCCUUUAACCAAGAAAAAAAAGAAAGAAAUGGAGAUGAUUGAAGAAGAAGCUCAGGAACUGCUCUCCCAUUUCAGUCAUCGCAACGUUGAUGCCCUUCUGAAAGUUAUUCGUAACACUCUGGAGGCCAUACGCAAGCAAAUUCACGCCUCUUCUGUGAUCAGUUUUUUAGAUAGUGAGAAUAUCUCAAAGCAGAAACAAAAUGCUGCAACCAUCUUUAAAGCUAGUGUUAUCCUUUCUAUUCCAAAUUUUGCUAUAAUGCCAACCCUUGAAGAAAUUCAGCAAACACUCAACAAAGCUGCCGAUUGUAUUGUAAGCACCAUGAAAGGAGUUGGUCAGUGGAGUAAGGAGAGACUAUCAAAGAAAAAGUUGUUAGAACGCAAAAUGCUUGCUUUACGAAAUGAAGGAGGCAGUGAUUCUGAGACUGAAAUGAAAGACAAUGAAGUUGGAAACCAGGAUGCAGCUUCCGAUACAGCCUCUGUGAUCUUGCCUUCUCCUAUCCAGAAAAAGAACUACUACAAAGCCAUCUCAGAGAACAAGGAAAUAAUUAAAUUGGUGUCUGUGCUUAGUACAACAAUCAGUUCUACCAAAAGGGAAGUUGUUUCAGCUUUGGAGCGUUUCAAAUGUUAUCAUCACAUCUGGCAAAGAGAGAAGGAAGAAACUAUUGAAAAUUUCAUCAAAGGAAGCCCUUUGCUGUCUGAUUUUGAAUCCCAAAUCCUUUAUUACCAAGACUUAGAAUUAAAAAUUAAUUCAGAAGCUGAAUACAUACGUGUGGGAACUGUUGCACUAUAUACUGCGGAUUUAAAGUUGGCCCUUACAACUGAAACCAAAGCUUGGAUGACUGCCUUUGGACGCCACUGUAAUAAGAAAUACAGGACAGAGAUGGAAAACAUCUUCACCUUUGUAGAGGAAAUCAGCAAGAAACUGAACCGUCAGAUUAAAGACCUGGAUGAUAUAAGAAUAGCCAUGGCUGCCCUGAAAGAGAUCCGAGAGCAACAAAUCCCCAUAGACUUCCAAGUGGGACCAGUUGAGGAAUCUUAUGCAAUGUUAAACAAGUAUGAGUUACUGGUGGCAAAGGAGCAGAUGGAGAAGGUGGACACUUUGCGGUAUGCAUGGGAAAAAUUGUUGGUCCGAGGAAAUGAAGUGCAAAAUGAAUUAGUGGCUUUGCAGCCCAAAUUCAGAGGGGAACUAAUCAGCACAGUGGAAGUGUUUGUUGAAGACUGUGAUCAAUAUUACUCGGAUUAUGACAAGAAUGGUCCCAUGGUAGAUGGACUUGAACCUCAAGAAGCGAGUGACAGGCUUAUAAUUUUCCAGAACCGAUUUGACAACCUUUUCCGGAAAUACAUCACCUACACGGGAGGUGAAGAGCUUUUUGGUUUGCCUGUCACUCCGUACCCUCAACUCCUUGAGAUAAAGAAGCAGCUGAACUUGUUGCAGAAGCUUUACAGCCUGUACAACAAUGUCAUUGAUACCGUGAAUGGCUACCAUGAUAUCCUCUGGUCAGAUGUAAACAUUGAGAAGAUUAAUAAUGAACUUCUUGAGUUUCAGAACAGGUGUCGUAAGCUACCUCGAGCAUUGAAGGAAUGGCAGGCAUUUCUGGAUCUUAAGAAAACAAUUGAUGACUUCAAUGAAUGUUGUCCUUUGCUUGAGAUGAUGUCCAAUAAAGCCAUGAUGGCACGUCACUGGAAACGUAUCACUGAUCUCACUGCCCAUAAUUUUGAUGUUGAAAACGAAACUUUCAAACUGAGAAAUAUUAUGGAAGCACCCUUGCUGAAAUACAAAGAAGAGAUAGAGGACAUCUGCAUCAGUGCAAUGAAGGAGAGGGACAUUGAACAGAAGCUCAAACAAGUGAUUGCUGAAUGGGACAAUAAAACAUUUACUUUUGCUAACUUCAAAACCCGCGGGGAACUUCUCUUGAGGGGAGACAGCACUUCAGAAAUUAUUGCAAGUAUGGAGGACAGCUUGAUGAUUCUGGGCUCCCUAAUGAGCAAUAGAUAUAACACACCAUUCAAGGCUCAGAUACAAAAAUGGGUACAAUAUCUGUCUAAUACAACUGAUAUUAUUGAGAACUGGAUGAUGGUGCAGAAUUUAUGGAUAUAUUUAGAAGCUGUGUUUGUCGGUGGAGAUAUUGCCAAACAGCUUCCUAAGGAAGCCAAGCGUUUCUCUAAUAUUGACAAAUCAUGGGUGAAGAUAAUGACGCGAGCCCAUGAAAUACCAAAUGUUGUCCAGUGCUGUGUUGGAGAUGAAACCAUGGGACAAUUACUGCCUCAUUUAUUGGAGCAGUUGGAAAUGUGUCAAAAGUCUCUAACAGGUUACCUGGAGAAAAAGAGGCUCUCAUUUCCUCGCUUCUUCUUUGUGUCAGACCCUGCUCUCCUGGAGAUCCUAGGCCAAGCUUCAGACUCUCACACUAUACAGGCUCACUUGCUAAAUGUUUUUGACAACAUCAAAACUGUAAAAUUCCAUGAUAAGGUAUAUGACCGGAUCCUUUCCAUUUCCUCCCGGGAAGGUGAGACAAUUGAAUUAGAAAAGCCCGUUAUGGCGGAAGGCAAUGUAGAAGUUUGGCUCAAUUUACUUUUAAAGGAGUCCCAAUCCUCCUUGCACCUUGUGAUUCGACAAGCAGCUGCAAAUAUUCAGGAAGCAGAUUUCCAAUUAAUUGAGUUUCUUAAUACCUUCCCUGCCCAGGUUGGCUUGCUGGGUAUUCAAAUGAUCUGGACACGAGAAGCCGAGGAAGCUUUGACCAAUGCAAAAUAUGACAAAAAAGUGAUGCAGAAAACCAAUCAGUUUUUCUUAGAACUCUUGAAUACCUUGAUAGACAUGACUACCAAAGAUCUGAGUUCUGUGGAACGCAUUAAAUACGAGACACUGAUCACGAUUCAUGUGCACCAAAGAGACAUAUUUGAUGAUCUGUGCCGCAUGCAUAUCAAGAGCCCUACAGAUUUUGAGUGGCUGAAACAAUGCAGAUUUUAUUUCAAAGAUGAUGCAGAUAAAAUGAUGGUGAAUAUCACAGAUGUGGCCUUCAUAUAUCAAAAUGAAUUUCUGGGCUGUACAGACCGACUUGUCAUCACACCUCUCACAGACAGGUGUUACAUUACUUUGGCUCAAGCGUUAGGGAUGAGUAUGGGAGGAGCACCGGCAGGACCUGCAGGGACUGGCAAAACAGAAACAACAAAAGAUAUGGGAAGGUGCCUUGGAAAAUAUGUUGUGGUCUUCAAUUGUUCUGACCAGAUGGAUUUUCGAGGUCUGGGAAGAAUCUUCAAAGGUCUUGCUCAGUCUGGAUCCUGGGGCUGCUUUGAUGAAUUUAACCGCAUUGAUUUACCGGUGCUGUCUGUUGCUGCUCAACAAAUUGCAAUUGUUCUGACCUGUAAGAAAGAGCGCAAGAAGAACUUCAUUUUCACUGAUGGUGAUAAUGUAGAAAUGAAUCCUGAAUUUGGCCUUUUUUUGACAAUGAACCCUGGAUAUGCUGGUCGUCAAGAGUUACCUGAAAACCUGAAAAUCAACUUCCGCUCAGUGGCAAUGAUGGUUCCUGAUCGCCAGAUCAUCAUCCGUGUCAAAUUGGCUAGCUGUGGCUUCAUUGAUAACGUUGUGCUUGCAAGGAAGUUCUUUACUCUGUAUAAACUCUGUGAAGAACAAUUGUCCAAGCAGGUACAUUAUGACUUUGGUCUGAGAAAUAUAUUGUCAGUACUACGGACCUUGGGUGCAGCCAAAAGAUCAAAUCCCAGUGACACUGAAUCCACUAUUGUAAUGCGUGUCUUGAGAGACAUGAAUCUUUCUAAAUUGAUAGAUGAAGAUGAACCCUUAUUUUUGAGUUUGAUAGAAGAUCUUUUCCCAAGUAUACAGCUUGACAAGGCAGGUUAUCCAGAACUAGAAGCUGCCAUCAUCAAACAGGUUGAAGAGGCUGGCUUAAUUAAUCACCCACCCUGGAGAUUGAAAAUUAUCCAGCUUUUUGAAACACAACGAGUAAGACAUGGCAUGAUGGCUCUGGGUCCGAGUGGAGCAGGAAAAACAACAUGCAUCCACACACUGAUGAAAUCCAUGACAGAUUGUGGCCAACCCCAUCGUGAAAUGAGAAUGAAUCCAAAGGCCAUCACUGCACCUCAGAUGUUUGGACGCCUUGAUGUUGCAACCAAUGACUGGACAGAUGGGAUAUUCUCCACUCUUUGGAGGAAAACUUUGAGAGCCAAGAAGGGGGAACACAUCUGGAUAGUACUCGAUGGUCCUGUUGAUGCCAUUUGGAUUGAAAAUCUGAAUUCGGUGCUUGAUGAUAACAAAACAUUGACCCUAGCUAAUGGAGAUCGGAUUCCUAUGGCGCCCAAUUGUAAAAUUGUUUUUGAACCUCAUAAUAUUGACAAUGCUUCUCCUGCAACAGUGUCAAGGAAUGGCAUGGUAUUUAUGAGCUCAUCUGUCCUCAACUGGAGCCCUGUUCUGGAGGGUUUUCUGAAGAGGCGUUCUCCACAGGAAGCAGAGAUUUUGCGUCAGUUGUACACAACAUCUUUUCCAGACCUUUACCGGUUUAGCAUUCAGUCCUUGGAAUACAAGAUUGAGAUGUUAGAAGCCUUUGUGAUAAUGCAGAGCAUUAAUAUGCUUCAGGGCCUUAUACCUUGCAAG